GUUAGAAACACUCAUAUUUUGUUCCUGUCCUUAUUAGUUUUAAAAAAUGUAUCCGUAAGCCAUGACGCUAGCAGUUCCAACAUUGUUCAUUUGACCCUUUUCAGAUUCUCUGUUGGACUCUACACUUCUUUUUUCUUUUUAUUGGCCGUUCCUUAAUUUCCACUAUUUUUGUCAUCAUAUAUUACCGCUGCAGAUUGUCAUUUUUCUAUGCAGCUGAGUUCAGUCCUUCAGUUCAAAAGUAAUUUGUUAAAUACAGCUAUGGCGAUGGUUGGUUGAUUGAAAGGGAUGAAGGUUUGAAUACGCAGAGGCUUUAGUGCACACCAGACUAUUUCAUUGGCAUACAGAAGACCGCUAUUUGUAGCUAACUCCUACUUGCUUGGGAUUGAGGCGUAAUUGUUGUAUAGUAUAGAGGACCGUUAUUGUGGUGAAUGUUUAGUUAAGUAGUUUCAGAAAAUGAGUUUUCAUGCAUUUGUUUGGUAUUGCAAGCCGGUGGCGAAUGGGAUAUGGGCCAAAGAAACUAAUAGCGGUUUUGGUGCAUAUACACCUUGUGCUAUUGAAACAGCUGAUUGCAUAUCUUAUUUGGUUCUCUUUGUGUUGUGUGCGUAUCGGUUAUGGCUGGUCAGGAUGGACCACAAAAUUCGGAGAUUCCAGUUGAGGUCGAAAUACUACAAUUACAUAUUGAUCCUCCUGGGAAGUUGUUGUGCUGCUGAACCCUUGCUCAGAUUUUUUAUGGGCAUCUCAAUCUUCAAUCUGGAUGCAGAAACUGGCCUUGCUCCUUUUGAGAUGGUUUCUUUGAGCAUUCAGGCACUUGCUUGGAUUUCCAUUGUUAUUAUGAAUGUAGUGGAAACUAAAGUCUACAUUAGAGAGUUCAGAUGGUAUGUCAGAUUUGGAGUAAUCUAUGUUUUGGUAGGUGAACUUGUGAUCCUCAACUUCAUUCUUUCAAUGCGGAGUUUCUACUCAAGGUUUACACUGUACAUCUAUUACAGUUCAGUCAUCUGUCAGAUUUUAUUUGGGGCUCUGCUUCUUGUUCAUCUUCCUAAUUUGGAUCCUUUCUCUGGCUAUGUUCCACUAAGGAGUGAGUCCAUUGAUGACAAUAAUGAUGAAACAGUUGGAGCAGACCGUAUUUGCCCUGAGAGAUAUGCAAGCAUUCUGUCAAGGAUUUCUUUUGGAUGGAUAACUCCCCUCUUGCAACAAGGCUGUAAGAGACCAAUCACUGAAAAGGAUGUCUGGAAGUUGGAUACAUGGGAUCAGUCUGAGACAUUGAGUGCAAGAUUCCAAAAAUGUUGGGCUGAAGAAUCUCAGAGGAAAAAACCAUGGCUUCUUCGUGCUUUGAAUUGCAGUCUUGGAGGCAGGUUCUGGUAUGGAGGCCUCUUCAAAGUUGGUAGUGAUCUUUGCCAGUUUGUGGGACCACUACUACUUAAUCGUCUUUUAAAGUCUCUGGAACGAGGCGAACCAGCUUGGGUUGGCCACCUAUAUGCUUUUCUGAUUUUUGUUGGGGUGUCAUUUGGAGUACUAUGUGAAGCUCAGUACUUUCAGAAUGUCAUGCGUGUUGGUUUCAGGAUGAGAUCGACUCUGGUGGCUGCCAUAUUCCGCAAAUCUGUAAGAUUAACACUUGAGGGCCGUAAGCAGUUUCCCUCUGGAAAAAUUACAAAUAUGAUCACAACUGAUGCUAAUGCACUUCAGCAAGUAUGCCAACAGCUUCAUGUUCUAUGGUCAGCUCCAUUUCGUAUUGUCAUCGCCAUGGUUCUACUUUACCAGCAGCUAGGUCUGGCUUCACUUCUUGGUGCUCUAAUGCUAGUAUUUAUGAUCCCAAUGCAGACGAUUAUUGUAAGCAAUAUGCGAAAACUAUCUAAAGAAGGAUUGCAACAUACUGACAAAAGGGUUGGUCUAACUAAUGAAUUACUUGCUGCAAUGGAUGUAGUAAAAUGUUAUGCAUGGGAGAAGAGCUUCCAAUCUAAAGUCCAAGGAAUGAGGAAUGAUGAGCUAUCUUGGUUCAGGAAAGCACAGCUUUUGGCAGCGUUCAACAAUUUCAUGCUGAACAGCAUCCCAGUUCUCGUAACAGUGAUUUCAUUUGGAGCUUUCACUUUGCUUGGUGGAAACUUGACAGCUGCCAGAGCUUUUACAUCACUUUCCCUCUUUGCAAUUCUGAGGUUCCCGCUGAACAUGCUUCCGAACAUAAUAACUCAGGUUGUAAAUUCAAACGUAUCGCUGCAACGAUUGGAGGAGUUGUUCUUAGCUGAAGAGAGAAUCCUCUUACCUAAUCCACCACUUGAACCUUGUCUUCCUGCCAUCUCAAUCAGGGACGGAUACUUUUCAUGGGAUUUUAAGCCUGAGCGUCCCACUUUGUCAAAUAUUAAUUUGGAUAUACCAGUUGGUGAGCUAGUUGCAAUUGUGGGUGGGACUGGAGAAGGAAAGACAUCUCUGAUUUCAGCAAUUCUUGGGGAGCUUCCGCCCUUAGGCAAUGCAAGUGUCACUACCAGAGGAACUAUUGCAUAUGUUCCUCAAGUUUCUUGGAUCUUCAAUGCCACUGUACGUGGGAAUAUAUUAUUUGGUUCCAACUUUGAACCAACAAGAUAUUCGAAGGCAAUAGCUGUCAGUGCAUUGGACCAUGAUCUUGAGUUACUUCCAGGUCGAGACCUUACAGAAAUCGGCGAAAGAGGGGUGAAUAUUAGCGGAGGACAAAAGCAAAGAGUGUCAAUGGCUAGGGCUGUCUACAAAAAUUCUGAUGUCUAUAUUUUUGAUGAUCCCCUAAGUGCUCUUGAUGCACAUGUGGGCCAGCAGGUUUUUAAGAAAUGUAUAAAGGAAGAAUUGCAAGGAAAGACUAGGGUGCUUGUGACAAAUCAGCUGCAUUUUCUACCUCAGGUGGAUCGGAUCAUUUUGGUCUCUGAAGGAAUGGUUAAAGAGGAUGGGAGUUUCGAGGAUCUCUCCAAAAAUAGCGCACUUUUUCGAAAGCUAAUGGAAAAUUCUGGGAAAAUGGAAAGUUAUGGUGUUGAAACUGACGACCCAAACUUUGACUAUGAGAGUUCACAAUCUUCUUUAAACAUAGGGCAUGAGCUCCAUAAGAAUGAAACCUCUGUAACCAAAAGGAGAGCUGGUAAAUCUGUUCUUAUCAGGCAGGAAGAGCGGGAAACUGGUAUUAUCAACUGGAAUGUCUUGAUGAGGUAUAAAGAUGCUUUGGGAGGCUUGUGGGUUGUCCUGAUACUGUUUGCUUGCUACACAUUAACUGAAAUCCUUCGAGCUCUGAGUAGCACCUGGCUAAGUGUCUGGACAAAAGCAAGCUCCUCAAAGAGCAAUGGAUCUGGAUUCUAUAUUUUGGUCUAUGCUUUUCUGUCAUUCAGUCAGGUGAUAGUAACACUGGCCAAUUCCUUCUUGUUGAUUAUCUCAAGCCUAAAUGCAGCUAAAAGGCUUCAUGAUUCCAUGCUACAUUCUAUACUUCGAGCACCAAUGGUAUUCUUCCACACUAAUCCAUCUGGACGCAUAAUCAACAGAUUUGCAAAGGAUCUUGGUGAUAUUGACCGCAAUGUUGCAAAUAUUGCUAAUACAUGUCUCAGCCAACUGUGGCAGCUUCUCUCAACCUUCGUUCUCAUUGGAGUCGUCAGCACAAUAUCUCUGUGGGCCAUAAUGCCACUUCUAGUCCUAUUUUAUACAGCCUAUUUGUAUUAUCAGAAUACAUCCCGCGAAGUGAAACGUCUAGAUUCCAUUACCAGGUCCCCUGUGUAUGCACAGUUUGGAGAAGCUAUCAAUGGUUUAUCAACCAUCCGUGCAUAUAAAGCACAUGACCAGUUAGCUGCCAUUAAUGGGAAGUCUAUGGACAACAAUAUCAGAUUCACUCUUGCCAACACAAGUACAAACCGCUGGCUGACCAUAAGGCUUGAAGCACUAGGGGGCAUAAUGAUCUGGUUGACUGCAACAUUUGCCGUUAUACAGAAUGGGAGAGCAGACGACAAGGUUGCGGUUGCUGGUGCUAUGGGUCUGCUCCUAAGUUAUUCCUUGAAUAUUACUACUUUACUCAGCAAUACUCUGAGACAAGCAAGCAGAGCUGAAAAUAGUUUUAAUGCUGUUGAGCGUGUUGGCACAUAUAUAGAUUUGCCAUCAGAGGCUCAAAAUGUCAUUAGCAGCCGGCCUCCUCCAGGCUGGCCAUCAUCAGGGUUCAUCAAAUUUGAAGAUGUUGUCCUACGUUACAGACCUGGACUUCCUCCAGUCUUGCAUGGUUUGUCAUUUACAAUUUCCUCAGGUCAGAAAGUUGGCAUUGUUGGAAGAACUGGUGCUGGAAAAUCGAGCAUGCUUAAUGCCUUAUUUCGUAUUGUGGAACUUGAAAGAGGGAGAAUAUUGAUCGAUGGUUGUGAUGUUGCUACUAUCGGACUGACAGAUCUUCGAAGUGCUCUUAGUAUCAUACCCCAAUCACCAGUUCUUUUCUCUGGUACUGUACGGUUUAAUCUUGAUCCUUUUAGCGAACACAAUGAUGCUGACCUAUGGGAGGCAUUAGAGCGGGCGCACUUGAAGGAUGUCAUAAGGAGGAAUGCUUUUGGUCUGGAUGCCGAGGUUUCAGAAGGUGGCGAAAAUUUCAGUGUUGGACAGAGACAACUUUUAAGUCUUUCUCGAGCAAUACUGCGAAGGUCAAAGAUCCUUGUUCUUGAUGAAGCCACAGCAGCUGUUGAUGUUAGAACUGAUGCUCUUAUUCAGAAAACCAUACGAGAAGAAUUCAAAGCAUGCACAAUGCUCAUUAUUGCUCACCGUCUAAAUACCAUAAUUGAUACUAAUCGUAUCCUAGUGCUUGAUGCUGGACAGGUUGUUGAGUAUGAUACUCCACACAACCUCCUGCUUAGUGAAAGAAGUGUUUUCUCUAGGAUCGUUCAGAGCACAGGGGCCGCAAAUGCCCAGUAUUUACGUAACUUAGUACUUAAUGCGGAGAAAGAGCACAAGUUCAUGAAAGAAGAAGUCAUGCGUAUUAAUAGGAAGAGAAGAUGGAAGGUAUCUUCCCAGUGGAAUGCUGCUGCACAGUAUGCUCUUGCUACAAAUAUUUCAGCUUCACUGAACGAUUUUCAAGUGAUGGAAUGUCAAGAUCAAAACAACAUUCUGCGUGCAGCAAAGGAUGCGGUUGUAACUCUGAAGGAUGUUUUGGAGGGGAACCAUGAUGAAGUUAUUGAAGAGAAACUAAGUUGCUCUAAGGUGCCUAGAGAAAGAUGGUGGUCAUCUUUCCUUAGUGUUAUUGAAGGUCUCGCCGUGAUGAACAGGUUAAGACAUGACAGAGUUCCUCAUUUUGGAGAUUGUUUGGAAGAGGGAUCAGAACAUCAGAAUCAUGAUGAAAUCUAGCUAGAUAUCUUCAGGUUCGCAAGAGGAAAAAGAACAAGGAAACCAUGCCUGCCUUUCAGUAACAGGCCUUGCGCAAAACAAAAACAAUAGAGAUAGAUCGAGACUAGAGAGAGAAGAAAACUAAAAGAAAAAGAAGUCUUGGUUCUCAAAAGUUCGAACAAAUAGAAGGAUGCAUGCGAACACCAAAACGACCCCAAUCAUUUUUCAAUUCCUUUGAAAAUUUUGUUCAAGAAUUUUGCUUCGAUUGUAUCAAUUUUACUAUGUAUAUUUGAUGUAGUUGAAUUAUAAUCUUAUGUAUUAUUACUGUUUACCAAGAUGUAGUUUUUGAAAAUAUCUUCUGUAUUUUAAUUGUGUACCACUGUAUAUAUAUGUUUUUUAACAACCAAAAUCA